AUGGACGUGCAGACCGGGCAAGCGGGCCAGCAAGAUAUCAGACGGUCGGACACGGAGAGCAUGCGGACGCGCGCCUCGUCGCUGGGCAGCCGGCUGAGUCACGCGCUGAUGCCCUCGGCGCACCCGUGCGGCUCGCCCAGCCUCAGCUCGUCGCUGGACUCGACGGUGACGUCGCUGAAGGACUAUUACCGCCGGCGCAGGAAGGGCUCCGAGCUGCGCGAGGAGGCCGGCAGCCCCGCCGCCGAGUCCAAGGGCAGCCAGGACAGCCUGCGUCACCGGCCGCGCAGCAACUCACAGAGCAGCCAGGGCAGCGACAAGGCGCACAGCGGCUGGCGGCUGCUGUUCAAGCGGCGCGACAAGAAGAACGGCUCGGCGCCGGUGGACCCGGCGCCGGCCGUCCACUACACCGACGACUAUCUGGCGAUGGGGCCGCUGAACCUGGACGACGACACGUCGUCCGGCUCGCAGGCAGACUCGCUGAAGCGGCGCCACGCGGCCGGCCGUCACCUGAAGGAGUCGGGCUGCCCGGCCAGCCGGCAGCAGUUCCUGGCCGAGUGUCCCGAUCUGGCCGAGGUGCGUCUGCAGCUGGUGCGCGGCCGCGUCUGCUCCACCCGCAUCCAGGGCUAUUCGCUCGGCAAGAUCCUCGAGGAGUUCUGCAUGGCCCGAUCGCUGGUGGAUGAUGCGCUGUUGGGCAAGGGGGACGGCGAGCCGCCGGGGCCGCCGCCGCCCAACAGGAAACGCACCAUCACGCUGAGCAAAAAGCGGCUCAGGAAGCAGAGGGAGCAGAGGGAUGUGGUGCCGGAGACGCCGCUCGCGAGUGGUGAGGAGCAGGCUGCCAUCGCGGACGGACGGUCCGGGGCGGGAGCGGCGCUGACGCCGCCGCUGGUGGUGUACGGCCCGGCCGAGUACCUGCACCGGGGCCGACUGGCCUCCGCGCUGCAGCCGGCGUCGCCGGAGCUGACGUGCAACAGCCCGGACCACCGCGCCAAGCGUAAGGGUCAGCCGCCGGCCAGCGCCAGGAAGCGCGCCCAGGCGGACGGCGACGGCGGCUCGGGCGAGAGACUCGAUGAAAUGGGGCAGGACGGCGAACAUCCCUUGGCAGCUGUCAGCAUCGAGAACUUCUCCUCGCUGCUGGACGAGCUGCUGUCGAACGCCGACCUGCAGAACCGCAUCGCCGACAACAUCAACCGGACGGUGUCCGACGCGGCCGUGCCGAGCCGGGACCUGGCGAUCCGCAGCGCCGUCGAUCAGACCACUUGUGACCCGGUGUUCAGCCAGGUGCUGCGAGGCUCUGCCGACCCGGCCGCUCCGUGUCGCGACCCCGGGCCGGGGACGCGCCGGGUCACGUUCGCCGACCAGCCGUUCCCGCCGCCGCCGCUUCCUCCCGUACCUCCAUCAAUGCCGCCACCUCCGCCACCGCCUCCGCCGCCGCCUCCAUUGGGACAGGUGCUGGUUGACACGGGCCUGACGGCGAGCGUGACGCGGGUGGGCAGCGAGCACGAGGUGCGCCUGCUGGACCCGGCGGUGGCGCGGCUCGGCCCGCACUCGCAGGACUCGGCGCCGAGCGUCGACUCGCAGCGGCUGCAGGUAGCCACGGACGGGGACAACGAGGCUGCGGCGUCGCCGGAGAAGGGCGCCGCUCGGCCGCGGCCCUCGUUCGCCUACCUGGUGGGUGAGGUGGAGGGCGUGCCCCUGCAGGCAUACACCGUGUUCGGCCGGCCCAUGUCGCGUCAGACGUUCGACGUGUUCAACCAAGAGGCGGCGGAGCGAGCCAGUAGGCAGGAAGAGCUGGAUCUCGAAAUCAAGGAGGCGGACGAGGCUGACACCCCGGAGCCGGGCCGCACGACGCCGGUUGACGCUAUGACACCCUCGAACGCCGACUCGGGCCCGGCCACCGCUGUCGGCUUCUUCAGUCCGAUGCUGAGCAUGCCGCUGGCCGGUGAGGUGCUGUCGUCGCCGUCGUCGCAGCCCCGCCGGCAGAGCGCCAGCACGCCGCGGCGACGCAGCCACGUGCGCGCGCUCGACUUCAGCACGCCUCCGCGCUCGUCGGCGCUGGACGCGCGCCACCUGAAGGCAAUCCGGCGGCGGCUGCGCAGCUCACCGCCGGAGGCGGCCAUCGACCAGUCAGCGAUGGAGACGGAGCCGGUGAAAUCGGCUGAGGUGCCAGGGAAAGCGUGCCUGGCCGUCCAGGCGGGACCGGCUGGUGCUGCCCAGGUCGGUGCCGCCGCCUCCGCCUACGGCUCCGACAGUGAGCCCAGCUCGGCCGACUCCAGCUCGUCGUCGUCCUGCUCCUCGUCCUCGUCGGCCUCGUCGCAGUCGGACUCGUCGUGUUCGCCGUCGUCGGACGCCGAGCGGGAGGAGGAGGAGGAGGAGGUAAGCGUGGACGCGGUGCUGGCGCGCUGCUCGCUCACGCCUUUCUACAGUCUGCUGGAGCUGCAGCCCCGCGGCGUGUGGCUAGAGCGUUCGGACUGCGCCACGCUGCUGGAGCAGACCUGGCGCCGCCGCCCGUCCGCCUCGCGCCAGAAGCUGUCAUUCGCCGGCGUCCUGUCCGCCGCUCCGUCCAGGAGGACGUCCUUUGACCUGAUGGACAACGCACUGGGCGUAGGCAACGUCAGUCCGGCCAAGAGGGCGUGA